CUUCAAUUGGCGGAAGCAAAUGCCCGCAGUUUGGCGAGGCUUUGUGUCUGUUCCAGAGGACAGUGGCGCUUCUGAUUUAUUUGAGAUAGCAAGCAGCUCCAAAUAGACCAAUCUCUCUGCGGCAACGCCUGCACCAAGUACGCACUGUCAGCGAAGACUAUCCAUGGUGCUUCAACCUAUCCCUUCACGUCAGAAGCACAAAUAACAAGCGCUGAGGCCAUUGAUUUGGUGCGCCUCUGUCUUUUUCGACUUAAAAGCCACGAGAUCCGGUGGCGCUACGGUCGUCGGAAGCCGAUCCACUGUGUCUACCAUGUACACACGUCGCCACCUCCACGGCAACGAGCCAUCGUCGACGCUUCUUCAUUCACACUGUACACGACCCGUUUCCGUUAUGGCUACAAACGUCAGCGGUAGGUGAUUGAGGCCAGGAGGAACUGGCGCUGCCAAUCGCCAUCGAGUAAGAAGCUCCCGCAGUCGAUAGUUUCGCGAUAUUGAUCAUGUCGGCGAUCGAGGGCUUUCGAGGAUUGACACCUCCACGCGCAUCAAGACGUUGACCGCAACAGUUGUGCUUUAACAGUGCGGGAAGUUUUUGCUGAUUCUCAUAUUCUGAGGUUUAUGCUCAUGUAUUUCGAGUUUGCGGAUUUCGAGUUUGCGGAACCGGAAGCGUAUAUGGCUAUGCGCGGAGGCGAGCGAAAGUGUGAAGCUAGUGGAGCAGACGCAGAGCAGGAGCCGGCUCAGAAUACCCAGAUGAUCCAUCUCUAGUAUGUCAACGAUUCCUGCAAAAAAUACUGAAGAGAUCAUGACGGCAGAUGGCGCGGAGUGCUCUACGGAACGCGAGCACCCUUCUGUAGAAGAUAUGCCCGUAUCAGGGUCGACGAACAGCUCUCACCGACGGUUUUUAUCCGACAUCGUGACGAAGACCCUGGCGCACAUCCCGAAGAAAUAUGUAGAGUGUCGAACCGAGUGCCAGCGCUGCCUUGAGCUACUUGCGGCAAAGACGCGGGACAUAAGGGCUGAGAAUGCAGUGGUCCAAGCUGACGAAUUUUUUUCCAUUUGGAAGCGUGGCAUCGCAGACGCAGUUGGCGACGGCAAUCAGGUGAAAAUGAUACAAACCCUGCUUUCAGGCCUUCACAAGAUGGCGGAAGCAGGACUGGUUCGCGGCGCAGGACAGGAUUACUCGCAAGAGGCGGAGGCGCCGCGAUUGCUCAUUGAAACUAUCCUGGACACUGUCACUCACGCCACAAAAUUUCCAGAGGAAACCGUACAGAUGCAAGCAGUAUUGGUCCUGGCUGCCCUUGUCGCUCACCCGCAGAGCGUCGUGCAUCUGAGCGCCACACUGGUUAUGGCAGUUGUUCGGACAGGCUUUCAAGUACACCAAGAUGCUCGGCAAGUAGUUGUGCUGAAAUCAGUUCAUUCGGCGCUGUUGCAAGUUGUAACAGUGAUUGGUGACCGAAUGGAGGCAGAAUGCGAGGCUCUGAUUCGGGGGGAUCCUGAGCUCCAAGCGCGACGGGUAAUGAACAACGACAAGCGGCCUCACUUGCAAAGUGGCAAUAGUACUGAGCACGAACUACAACAAGCUGAGACGCGCAACAAGGGUGUGCAAAAAGAAGUACGAGUCGACUCCGGGCCGAAAGAAACACGAGAGGAGGCGCUACGUGUGUGGCUGAGCAGCUUUGUGACGACCAGCUUGAUUGACAAAACAGCUAUGGCAGAAAGCCGCAUGUUUGAGAUUCUAGACGAAACCACGGGCGGGGUUGCUGGCAAAUAUGGGUGGUGCAUCAUCUGCCGAGAACCAGCGCCGCACUAUUGCUUGCAGACUGGGGACCCGGUCUGUUCCAAGGAGUGCAAGCAGAAAAACCUAGCGCGCGCAGAUGAGAUUCACAAGCUAUUCCCGCCUCCGUCACCCGGAGGAGGACCUCGACUUGCAAGCCUUCCGACCGACCAGAGACCUGUGUAUGAGGAGUGUCAGCGGAGGACGCUAGAAGAAGGAGAAGAGGAAGAAUACACGGGGCUGAUAGUGCAGCACAGCAGGCGGAUAGAAGAGCUCUCGUAUUACCGAUGCACCUCAGCGGUGUUUGAAGAGUUGUGCAAGAUGUCCGGGCGAGGACCCACGAGCGCAGGUGUCGUACCGACCACCGAGUCGCCGACUGCAUUGGCGGGUACGAUAGCUCCACCUUCGGGUAAUGCCACAACUACUCCUUUGAAUAGUGCGCUGCACGCAAAAAUGUCUAGCAACCGCGCGCCAACAGCGACCGGAGUCGUGGAGAAAGCGGGAGCUGCAUCAGUUAAGACAGAGGAGUCACCCGAAGCAAAAAGUGAAAGCAGAUCUGGAAUCAACGCCACGGCGCACGGCGUAGCGGAUCAGAAAUUUGUGAAGCAAAGGCGAUUGACGCUCGAGCUAGUAUCUCAGAUGCUGAACAAUGGCGGCCACUGCUUUCGCAACACCGAGAAAUUUAUACACUCGCUGAAAACAUGUCUCUGUCUGGCGCUGAUCAAAAACUGUGUCUCCGCGGUUCCGAGAAUUUUCUCGCUCUCGUUUUCGAUUUGCGUGGCUCUGAUCGCUAACUUCCAGAAGUACCUGAAAGCGGAGGUGGGGAUCUUCAUGGAAAGCAUUUUCUUGCGCAUCUUGGAGUCACCCAACAGCACCUUUCAACACAAACAGCGAGUGCUGACUGUGUUCUAUAAACUCUGCACCGACGCCAAGACUUCAACGGAGCUCUUCCUGAAUUACGACUGCGACGUGCUGGCGCAGAACCUGUUUGAGCGCGUCGUUGAUGGUCUCGGGAAAAUAGCUCAAGGGAAGUUCGCCGCAGUCGACUACAGCGUUUUGAUCACAGUACCCCAGGAACAAGAGCUUCGCGUGUUGGCGCUGGAAUCCCUCGUCGGUUUGAUGGCAUCGAUGGUGGCACGUGCAAAGAUUGAAGACGAGGAGGGAACAACGAGUUCUAGCCCUGACGAGGACGAGAGUGGAGCAUCCUCAGGGAGAAGAAAUGGGGAGCAGACAGUAUGUGGUAUGGAGCCGCACAGUGACCAUGGUGCAACGCAGAGCAUUGUGAUGCAGGAUAUUGAAGUGCACGGAGCUGCAAGCAGCGACCAGAAGGUGGCAACGAAGAUUCAUGUGCGUACCGGUGCCGGGCAGCUCGAAAAGGCGGGGCGUUCACGCUCGUUUGACGUCGUCGGGCAAAAAGCGCGGAAAGGUCAGCUUCGUGACGCGAUUCAGAAGUUUAACGCAAAACCCAGAAAAGGAGUCGAGCUGUUUUACAACUUGGGGUUCGUAUCACAAUCACCGGAGUAUGAGGCACACGCAUUAGUGGAGUUUCUCCGGAGGACAAAUGGCAUAGACAAAACGGCGAUCGGGGAUUUCCUCGGUGAGCCAGCUGCCUUCAACCAGGAGUGCCUGAGUGCCAUGGUGAACAAAAACUCAUUUUCCAACAUUCAGCUAGACAGCGCGCUUCGACUUUUUUUAGCUGACUUUCGGCUUCCCGGCGAGGCUCAGAAGAUCGAUCGCAUGAUGGAAAAAUUCGCCGACAAGUACUGCGCCGACAACCCCGCGAACACGGAGUUCGGGGCGAACGCGGACUGCGCCUAUGUCCUUGCCUUCUCCCUUGUAAUGCUACAGACGGAUCUGCACAACGGCAACAUCAAAAAUAAAAUGACGGCGCAAGACUUUAUAAAUAAUAACCGGGGAAUAAAUGCAGGAGAAAGCCUAUCUAAGGAGUACUUGUCAAGCCUGUAUCGGAGCAUUGCCGAGAAUCCUAUCACCCUCGAUGACGACGACGACAAGCGCGCCCGCAUCGAUUCGCAAAACGCAACUAGUCAAAUGGCGAAAGUUGAGUUAUUUUCCAAGGAGGUCGGCCUCGUAGUCGAGCGCUCGCAACGCGCUAUCGAACAGCUUGAAAGCGAUCGAGUAGAGGAGGACAACAGAACAGCCGACAUGAGCGUUCUUAAGCGCACUGGGUCCGCCGUAGUUGAACACACAACCGCUAACGGCCCAGAGACAGAGUCGGCGCGUUCGGCCGAGACGGUAUUCCUAGUAGGUGGUACUGAUGCUAGCGAAGUAGAAGAGGUAAGCACGACUCCAAUCGGAACUUCUUCGAGGGGCCCGCGGGAGCCUUCCCGCCUGUCGUCAUCUCCUGGGAAGCGUUUAUUUGUUUCGGAGAAGGAAGUUCCUUUCGGAGUAGCCGGCAAAGCGCUGUUCGAAGUUAUCUGCUGGCCGCUUCUGGCGACGUUGUCUGUUCUUCUAGAAGCCACGAGCUGGGUGGAGCCGUCACAGGAAUCCAGUAAAGGACCGAAGCAGCCUCUGGAGAACCGCGUGCUGCAGCUAUGUGUCGAGGGGUUCCGCCAUUGCGUUCGAUUUAGUGCACGCCUUAGGCUGGAGACCGAGCGCGAUGCAUUUGUGUGUUCUCUCGCAAAAUUCACCUACCUUGCAACGAUCAAGGGCAUUCAGCAAAAAAAUAUCGAGUGCAUCAAAGCAAUGCUCGAAAUAGGCUUGUCGGAGGGAGACUUUCUUUCGUUUUCUUGGAGGCAUGUUCUGCACUGCGUUUCCCACUUGGACCGACUGCAGAUUAUUCGGACGCAAAGGCCAGACGCCCAUUCCUUCGAACAAGAGGGGGAUCCGGGCCAAACCGUUUCGGCUACCACAGACGGACCAUGUAUAGUUGUCUUCUGGUUUAUUUGUAUUUUGUGAACUUGAUGGCUUCUUCUACUGGCGUUUUCAUUGUUGGUUCUGGUCUCAUACUGCAAGCUCAGCUUUGCAUCAGCUUCAACAUUUAUAAAAACGAAAAUUGUUGUAGUUGUUGUUCUUGUGCGAACUAAGCAUUCUAAGUAUGCGUGCGUAAUGUUUUCUCAGCGAAUCAUGACGUACAAGAAAUCUACCAAAAAGUGCGCCGGAGUGCAGAUUUGUCGGCGGCGACGAGUGACACUUCGCGCACUUCCUCCAGCCGUACAGCUACCGCUUUAUCAAAUGUAAAAAUGUCUGGGUCUGGAAGAAUCCAACUUGUCAUGCUGAUUUUGGAUUCUAAAAAAAUCUGUAUUGCAUGAGCAGCAAAGAGAGUCCGAAUUUUGCAGCACGGAAAGCGCAUUUGUCAUGCGGAAUAGGCAUCAGGAAGCCCUCUAAAAAUCUGUGAUGCUAGGGCAUGCAUCACAGACUUGAGGAGUCAUGCAAAAUGUGCAUGACAAACCCGGCAAUCUUCCAGACCCAGACAUUUUUACAUUUGAUACGCUUCUCAUCAGAACAAAACUGCGCGGCGCAAAAUCGGAACUGGGGUGACAGGACUUGUGCGGCUUAGUGAAGAGGAUCGCUCGGUGGAGGCGUUGAACUCCGAGGCUAUACUUUCCCAGUUGAACACGAGCAACGCCAUCGAGAACCUCUUCGAGAGAAGCGUCGCGCUGAACGCGAGGGGAAUAGUUGACUUCGUGUCCGCGCUGUGUGAGGUGUCCGCUGACGAGAUGAAUCUUCACCAGAAUGAUGAGGAUACGAUCGACAUCCGGACUUUCUCACUGCAGAAGUUGGUGGAAGUUGCUGACGCAAAUAUGUACUCGCGGAUCCGGCUUGUUUGGCGCCGAAUUUGGCUGGUGCUAUCCCAGCACUUCGGGGAAGUUUGCUCCCGUAUCACGAAUCCGAGCGUUUGUCUUUUCGCGCUCGACUCACUACGGCAGCUGAUCUCAAAGUUUUUGGAUCGUGAUGAGUUGAGUAAUUUCGAAUUUCAAAGCGAGAUGCUCAGACCGCUGGAGCUGGUACUCAUGAACCCCUCGACGUCUAUGAACGCAAAGCAUUUCGCGAUUACUACUGUACGGGCUCUUAUGGAAACACGGUCAGGAAACAUCAAGUCCGGGUGGAGGUCGAUUUUACAGAUUUUGCAGGCUGCCACGCGAACAGGAGCGAUGCGAAUCUCCUCUAAUGCAGGGGAGUACCAGCAGCAGCAGCAGCAACACACGCAGCAGCGGUCACUGUCACCAGCGGGGAGUGCAACAUCUACAAAUCCUAGCGUAGUUGGUGGCGUAGCCUCACUGUCAGAGCGCCGAGCUUUCGUCCAGAAAGCAUUCGCAGUGAUGCAGCAUAUUGCUGAAAAACACCAGGAGCAUUUCUUCGCGAACUUUUCAGAGGGAAUGCAAGCUGUUGUCGCUUUCGCGCAGUGUCUUGUUCUACCAACGAUAGAGGCCACCGAAGCCGUGCAGCUUAUCUUCCUGUUUGCCCGAGUGCUCGCCGCCCAGGAGAAGGCUCGAAUAAAUAUUCUAGAUACAAAUGUAAAAACGAGACGGAGCACGAGCAGCGAACGCAGAGAAAUUGACGAGACCGAAAGCAACAAGGUCCGCAGUAACCAGCCCGGAUCGCGACACCACUCAGGGGAUGACGCCGCUGACAGGGAAAAUGGGGAGCGAAGUGCAAUCGGUGCGGCGACCAGCGCGACGACGUCGAUGAGCCCUGCUUCCUCGCGGAAUCUCAGCCCCAGUGCACGGACGUAUUGGCUUCCGCUCCUACAUGGUUUAUCUACAUUGUCAGCUGAUAGUCGAAGGGAAGUACGGUCCCGAGCUUUAUCUGGAUUAUUCGAAGUACUGAAGGAGCACGGAGGGGAAUGCUUCGACGCCGACACUUGGCAAGCGACAUUUCGGGCCGUGCUCUUUCCUCUUUUCGACGAUAUUCAGCUCGAGCAGACGACUGGUACUGAGUUCGCCAUGAAAAAGCAGGACGCUUGGUGUUUGGCUGCUCUCAGCAACUGCGUUGUCCUGAUUGAAGCGCAUUUCGAGGCGCUGGCUUUCGUGUUCGAGGAUUUUCUUUCGGUUCUGGUAGGCAUGGCGACUCACAGUUCGGAGUAUAUCGCGCGGCUUGGGGUUGAGGCUCUCAAACAGCUCAUUGGAAAGACUGGCCACAAGUUGUCCGGUAAUCACUGGGCGGUCGUCGCAAAGGGUGUGCAGGCUCUAUUCCACAAAACGAUGCCUGUUGCGAUCCAGGAUGAUUUGUACUCCGCCCUAAUGGCGGAGAAGGUCAAGGACAAGGGAAACAGUAUCGACCGCACCGCUGCCGCUGGUAAUAACAGCAAUGUCGGCCACGAGGGAGCAAGAACAGCAUUACCUACUACUGGGAUAGGGAUUGGAACGGCAGCAAGCGCUGCGCUCACUGCUCACCCGCAGCAACUACAUCAGCCGGGGGACGUCGGCGGCGUUGACGAAGUGACCAAAGCUGUUGUAACUGGAUGCGUGGUGCAGUUGCUCCUGAUCGACUGUGUUCACAGUAUCUUCCAAGGGCACGGGACAAGACUGCCUCGGGAAGUAGUGAUCACGCUGCUAGCAGCACUUGAAGCUAGCUUCUCUUUCGCUCACGAAUUCAACCAGAAGAUCUCACUUCGCAUGGAACUGAAGCGAUUGGGUUUCAUGCGGGACAUGCGCGACUUGCCGGGUCUGCUCAAGCAAGAGCGCGAGGGUCUCACGUGCUACUUGGGUAUUCUUUUUGCGUUGAGCCAAAUGGAUCGCCUUGAUGCCGAGUUGUGUGACAAGCUGAUCUCGUGCGCCCGCUCAGUAAUCCACAACUACGUCCGGAAAGAGAGGCAGAUGCAUAAUAUGAUACGCGACGGGGAUGACGAGGUGUACGCAGUCGAAAUCGAGCGAGAGACAACGGGCCUGCAACCGAUCAUCACGCAAGUCAUCUUGCAGAACCUUCUACACGCAGGGGAAAAACUUUAUUCGAAGAGCAAGGAGGAAACGUCAGGUGAGUUGGAUCGAAAGGGACCCGCUAGCGACAACGGAGAAUCCAGUGUCCUCUCGGUCAAAGACAUAGCGGACGCUGACGGCAUUGGGAUAAGAGAGCCGGGCCCGGGCGCAAACAGUAAAGACGAGUUGCGCAGUGAGAUGGGAAGUAACCUUUUCAAGGCAGUGUGCUAUCAAGAUCAGAACCGCGUUUAGCGAUCUAUUCUUGUCGCAUAAAGCAAGACGUUGUAUUUGUAUGAUGUUGAAGCGAGAACAAAGACGCGAGAGACGGCCUUGAGCCAGAUCGUGUUCUACUUAUACUAGCCGGGGGGAAGGAACUUCUAUCCCGGCGACAAGACGGACGCACGGGGGGGAAAAAGCAGAAUUAGACGGGGAGGUCAGAAGGCAGUAAUGGCUCACGCGGAAAAUUGUCCUGGGUCAUUGUUUCUGUAGAGAAAUCGCCGAUACUAGAGGCUGGCGACUGCGGGCGCAUUUUGUGUGAAUUUCUCUCGUCGGGAGAUUUUUUGCUGAACGGGUGGGGGCUGUACGACGGUGGAUCUUGUCCCGUGUUUCAGUUCGCGCGCAUUAGUUUGCGAGAUCUAGAAGGACGUGCGGGCAUGUAGAUCCAGCGCCCACCUUGCUGCUGAACCUGAAGCGUAUAGCCUUGUGUCAGCCGGCUGAGCCGCCGGAUGGGAUUGCUGGCUACGGCAGAGGGCUUGCCUCCUUCUCUCUGAUUGGUUAAAAUGUGGUCCCGUAUAGCGGCCAUGGAGCGCGCCAUCGCCGCCCCUUCGGGUGCCUGCCUGCUGUCGACUGCCUGCGGUCGGCGCUGCGGUGAGGCCAGGCGAGUGCGGCGGCUCCUUCUUUACGUGUGAAACUGCUUGCAGUCGAGUCCCGGGCGUGUAUUUGUUUGUGUAUACAGAUGCGGGCGCGCAACAAGCUGGCAUGUCCGGGCCGAAUUUCAGCGAAUCUUGUUCAGCCCAUGCGUGGACCCCGCUAGAAGUAUGCUGCUUUGUGAACGGGCUGCCUUUUGGGGACUAUGCGCGGCGGCCCGCCUUCUACCGCGCUUUCGUUUUUGAGAUCCGAAGGCAUUUGCGACCACUUAGGUCCGCCGCGCGCCCUGAUGCCUGGGCGCCGUUCUGCGAGCAGCAACCGAGAUAGGCAGCAGCGCGCGCCGAAUCUUGUGGUGCCCAAACAUAGCGCCACUUCCCACUGCCCCGCCCCCAGAGUGUCAGCAGCCGGCUAGCUUUGCGCGCAUUCGGAAGGGCGCGGCGUGAAAUUUACUGGCGGCUUCAGCAUUGGGACCCUCGCAAGACGUCUGCUCUUGCCUCGCUCUUUUGAUAUAGUAUUUAACGAAGACGUAACGAAAAGCAAAAAGCAAGCGCGCCAGCCUCGUGAAGCCCGCCCGCGUGCUAUAGUCCCGACGUUUUUCGGCUUUUCGGGGCGUUCGGAACCGGGGUCAUGCCGCUCAGUCUAGCUUCGGGCCAGGAGAUUUCUAAAUUUGCAAUAAGUUGCUUGGUUUUAUUUUCAGUGGCCGCCACGCCACGCGGUAAAGUAUUACCAACCUCCGGGGCGCGGGGGGCCCGGAAAGGCUGGGACGCUGCGAAGGCCACGGCAAUCGUGAUCGUGGCACCCGCGCGCCCUCUGCCCGCCUCCUGGCGUUGUUUUCAGUUAGUGGCAGUAGUUGUGAGGGCAAGAGGGGCGCAGGAGCUGCCUACUGGGCGGCCGGCGUUUGCCCACUUUGUUGCGGCCACGGCCACCCAUGACGAUUUGCAUGCGUCGGCCCCCCAUCCCGGGGGGGACAAAAAAUCGGAACGACCUCACAACUUCCGCCCCGGCGGCUAUGUUUGGCACUAGACCCCCAGCGUGUUGGUGUGCAAUGUUGCUCGAAUCGGGCGUAUUCUUCCUCGCAACGCAAUUCGGAAAUACGGCGCGCGCCUGCGUGUACUAAGGUGGUAGCUUUGGAUUUGGUCUUGAUAUGUGCCCCACUUUGUUUCCCCUUUUGGCGGACCUUUGUUUGAGUAGUAGCCAUGAACUCCGCGCUGUCGUUCGGGAGGUGCUUCUGCAAAACGUCGCGCCGCUGCUGCAGCUCUGAAGAAAGUCUGUGAAGGUGCGGCCCAUCGAGCCAGUUCCAGUUCUUGCGACAUCGCUCGACUUUGAACCGACGGGACGACCGCAAUCCUUCGCGCUCCGCGCGAUUUUGCAUUUGUGCUGUUCAGUUCUUUUAUACUCGCGACGCCAGUCAGGUUGGAGCAAACGCGGUAGACUACGAACCAACGAAACCAGUAGAGCGAAAUAGGGAACAGCUACGGCAUGCCUAGUCUGUGUGGUGUACUUAUGCGCAUGUUCAUCUAGUGCCCUGACGUGAGAUGUUGUUUUCUUUUCUGCUGCACCACGGAGCUCUUCUGUACUGCCCGAAGCACGGCUGCGCGUGUUCGCUGUCAGCCUAGAGAGUUAGAGGGCUCUUCGAAUGAAAAGGACGGCAAGAAGCCAUAUCUCCAGUGGCGCGCAAGCCGUCGGCGUAGCGGACAAAAGAAUCCAGCCGAUGCACGCGCCGACGGUCCGAGUCCACACUUCGUAGGUGUUCACAGCUGGGAUAGCGGAAGAAUGGCCGUGUCUGCAGUACGAUGUCCCGCGUACGGGUUCUGCCAUGCUAGAUCGAGCACAUGAUCAUGGAUGACAUUGCCAAGAACGCGACCUGCUUUCGCUUUUAUCUCUGUAUCGCGAACGCCUCCUGCCGCAUCGUGACAGAACGAGUUCGAUCUUAGAUCCAUUGCAAGGCCGCAACCAAUGCAAAACAAUAGACAAAGCACCUUCGUAUUUCUAGUUGUUCCUGCCGAAGAUGGCAGACAGCCUCUUUAUAUCAGGAUUCGGUGUAUGUUGUGCGUCCCCGGGGGAGAUGCCGGGUUACCAAGGUCCACUGGAUUUCUCUUCUUGCAUUCGUUUGCCACACAACCAAAAGAGAAAAAUGCAAUCCAGAUAUUUUUAUUGCACAUGUACACGCCAAAAGCAAAAGAU